CGCGCACCCAUGGACGGCCCGGCCAUCAUCACCCAGGUGACCAACCCCAAGGAGGACGAGGGCCGCGCGCCGGGCUCUGGCGAAAAAGCAUCCCAGUGCAACGUCAGCUUAAAAAAGCAGAGGAGCCGCAGCAUCCUGAGCUCUUUCUUCUGCUGCUUCCGUGACUACAAUGUGGAGGCCGCGCCCGCCAGCAGCCCCAGUGUGCUUCCGCCGCUGGUGGAGGAGAACGGUGGGCUUCAGAAGGGUGACCAGAGGCAGGUCAUUCCCAUACCAAGUCCACCAGCUAAAUUCCUCCUUCCAGAGGUGACGGUGCUUGACUAUGGAAAAAAAUGUGUGGUCAUUGACUUAGAUGAAACAUUGGUGCACAGUUCAUUUAAGCCUAUUAGUAAUGCUGAUUUUAUUGUCCCGGUUGAAAUUGAUGGAACUAUACAUCAGGUGUACGUGCUGAAGCGGCCACACGUGGACGAGUUCCUCCAGAGGAUGGGGCAGCUCUUCGAGUGUGUGCUCUUUACUGCCAGUCUGGCCAAGUACGCAGACCCUGUGGCUGACCUGCUGGACCGCUGGGGCGUGUUCCGGGCCCGACUCUUCAGAGAGUCGUGUGUUUUCCAUCGCGGGAAUUAUGUGAAGGACCUGAGUCGCCUUGGACGGGAGCUGAGCAAAGUCAUCAUCGUCGACAAUUCUCCUGCCUCAUACAUCUUCCAUCCUGAGAAUGCAGUGCCUGUGCAGUCCUGGUUCGAUGACAUGACGGACACGGAGCUCCUGGAUCUCAUCCCCUUCUUCGAGGGCCUGAGCCGGGAAGACGACGUGUACAGCACGCUGCACAGGCUCUGCAGCAGGUAGCCCCGGCCUCGCCCUCCUGCUGCGGACUCUGGGACCCCUGCGGGGCCUGCAGGCCUCAGCUUCCCAGGAGCCGAGUGAGGACAGACCAUGCUCCAGGCCACAGAGUGUGGCCACACCUACCUGUUUGCUUUUUUAAGAACAGAAACAACUAUUUUAAAAUGAACUCUUUUAACAGAUUUCAUAAAGGGACAUGCGUUUUACUGGAUUUGCUUUUCUUAAAACAUACCAAAAAGAAAAAAAUAUGGGGGGGAAAAAAAAAAAACUCGAUAUCUAUCAGACUUCCAUGCAACUGUCCUCCCCUCCAAGCAGACGACCUGUCCCCUCCUGCCCCAGCUCGGAACAGCUGACCCGACUCAGAAUCUCUUUCCUACAGGAUGAAGUGCCUUUCUGGAUGUUAUUUUAAGCUGAGAGUUAAUUUUUCUAUACAGCAUAUUUCCAGACAUCUUUUAGUCUUUUACUGUCUUAGAGUCUCUAAGAAGAUAAAGCCGACAAUUUUCUAGAACCUGGGGGGUGGGCAGGGUGCGGGAGGGGAGCGAUUCGCAGGAGCCUGUCUCCAACACACGGGCUACUCUGACCGCCUGUGCGGGCUGCAGGGUCGGGCCCCCAAGAAGAGUUGCUACGACGGUGUCACUGUCGCCGCGUUUCUGACCCAGUUUGGAAUGUAUCAGCCAUCGUGUGGCUCAACACUUUAGGAUGCGUUAGAUCCUUUUUCUGUGAUUUCUGGUGGUGACAGGUCCGCCUGGAGGUCACAUUCCCCAUUGCAAAGUGACAUGCCGUCACUGCGCUUUCACACUACUGCCAUACUUCGUAUGUUGUUUUAUUGUCGUUUGGGGUAGAGCAGUUACAGGAAACCCUGAAACCCUUGGAUAUAAU